GGUAUAUGUGUGUACAUAGAAUAAUGGAUGGAGAAGAUGCUAGACAUAGCGACUGCCAUGUGUCACUCUUGCCGAAAAAAAAAGAAAAAUAGAUGGAAGAGCAACGUAAAUCCAAUGCCUAAUGUAGUAAAAAACAUAUCAAAGCGAUGUGUAACAAGACAUAAUGGUAGUACACUAGAUGACGAUAUUGAAACGCCAACAGAAAUCAACACAUGUUCUUGUGGAUGUAACAGAAAUAUCAAACGACAACUAACAUGGCUAUUAAUCAAGCAUUUCACAUCUAAGAGGAAAUGGCUAAGAAUACUCAGAAUUGGUCGCUAUAGACCAAAAGAACUGGAACGAGUAAGUAAGGACAUAGAAGUCAAUGGAUAUCAAUCAAUGAGUGAUGCAAACCUUGAUUUAGACACUAUACAGCUAGACAUAUCAAGACAACAGUGGAUCCAAAAUACACAAGAUGCCUAUCUUGUAAAACACGCACUGGUAACCUUCUGUCUAGUGAACAACGUAGGCUAUUGGCAAGGAUUGCAUGAUGUCGCCGGAGCAUUGGUACAUUUAAAACCUAGGCCAACUAUAGGAGAACUAGCAGCUAUUUUGGAAAAACUUGUAAAUAAUUUUUCAUCUAUAAUAAAGUCGGCAUCGAAUGAAGCUAUAGUAGCAGGUGCAACUAAAAUCGCAAGCAAGUGGAGGCUCAUAUUUCAAUUCUUCUUUCCCAAAGCAGCCACAGAUAUGGAGAGAUUCGAUGGUUUGGAUACUUGGAAUAUUAACUGGUUCCUUACAUUGGGAUUCUACAGGUUUGGCUGUGCUUACAUCGCCCUAUCUUAUACAUACGUUGCAGUCGUUGCGAGUGCCGGCUGUAUGACUGCAUUUAUGUAUCACGAAGCUGGAUAUCUUGCUGUAAGAGGUCAUUUAACAUGGUCUUUUGCAAAAAAUAAAACAGAUGUCAUGAUUGAUAAAAAAAUUUGUGAUCAAACCGAUGAGCACAAACUAACCAAGGUCAUUAGUAACUCAAAGAUGGUGCAAAUAACUCCCGAUGAACUAAUCAACGUAUCUAGGAAUCUAUAUGAUACAAUCAACGGUGAGGAGUGUGAAAUCGCAGAUUUCCCAUUAAUGGCUGUGUUAGACAUAUCAAAUUUCUUGUUUAAUAAGAGUCCAUCCACUUUGUACAAAUACGAAGUUGAUGAUAUUCCAGGUUUUGUACAAAUAUCAAUCAAUGAUUUGUGUAACACUCAUGAUGUCUGGAACAUACAUGAUCGUCGAUAUGUAGAUGCUGGUCAUUCGAUGGACAAAUUGCCACUGAAGUACAUAAAUUCAAAGUCAGAAGAAAAUCUUUGUCAAACAUUAAACCGUACGAUUUGCAAUGUAUACAUCGAGAAUUUGUUUUUUCAUAUCAGGAAAAAGUCAAAUGUCUCACCUGUCAUCUGUAAGAAUUCUAUGGUAAACACAGAUACUAAUGCAUAUAACAUAGUAGAUGUAAGGAGUCAAUAUCUAAAAUACGGGGAAUCGCUAGACACAUUUUUCGAAAGGUUAUUUCCGGCUUACAUUUCAGAAACAGAUAUAGAAAGUGCAAUUAUCGCAGCAAAUAACGACCGGAAAUUCACAUUUUGGGUCAUAAUAACCGAUGAAGGGUUCGAUAAGUCGACAGAAAACACUUCUAUAGAAUCGUUAGAAAGAGGUAUCAACAUAUACAGGAUGCUAUCACGAUCAUUCACAGGUGUUACCAUGCUCAAGGGUGGAUACAAAGAACUUCUUAGGAUGAAUGGGCUUCCCAUACCAGCGAAAGUAAAUGCGCUUAUUAAGAGACUCUUGGAUUGGGUACCGAUUGGUAGGAUACAAAGUCCAAAAAUUGCCAUACAAAAUGUGGUAACUGCAAUGGAUAUAACGAUUGAUGGUAUCUCAAGUAAAACCGGAUUUGCCGUGGUUCCAAAUUCUGACAUAUUUAAUAACAAAAGGCUACGUAUCAAUUCUAUCCAUUCUAGAAGUGCAACGAGGUUAGGAUGUGGACAAUAUGCAAUAACAUUUAUGGUUGGUAACAGGGGAAACGUCUACAUAAAUUCUAACGGUAGUUUGAAAGUGAACGGUCUCCUAUGGCAUCCACGAUUAAAAGCAAAAUCUAGGAAUAAUAUGCAAGCAAGUAUGUUAUUUCAUAUGGCGACGCUCUUUCAGUUGGUCUCAACGGAUAUUUUUUACGAAGUCGUGCCUAAGGCCAGUUCCAUGAAGGGCGCACGGGACAUACACGACACCCGUCUCUCCGACUUUGAAGAGUGUUGCAACUGCAAGGUAUUGUUGCUGCACGAUCCUGUUUCUGAUAAUGCCCUUAUAUUUUGCCGUUGCGCAAUACCGAUCAAGGUGUGCCUCAAGUACACUUGUACGAAGUCGAUUCAACCAAAUUACAUUAGACAGUGGUAUUUUGUACUUGUAGACAUCCGGUUAGUAACCACUCUUUUGUUGGUCGAUGAAAUGGUUCUUCGGCAAUGUAGGAGUAGUACGUUACUAGAAGAAAUAGGUGACAAUGAAGCCAUUGUCAAAAGAUGUCAAUAUAGAAGUAACAUGUCAUCUGGAUCCUUAGAAGGGGGGGAAACGGACAUGCAAAAAAACUUUAACGCCAUGAAAGAGUUUUCAGGAGAUAAUGAAAUGGACCAAAUCUGGGAUUAUGAACAUAUAGUGGAAAGUGUGGCAGAUGGUCCUAUGGUCAACCGCACGGUCCCACCUAUCGACCUAACGCGUCUCACUUCAUUAAAUUCGAUAACAUCCAUGGGAUCCUCAGUUUGUAGCGAACGCAAGGUGCAUGUGUUUUCAAGGAGAGUAAACCCACAGUCCAAGUCCGCCAUGGUAAACACGGCAAACCAAACUAAACCUCUGAAUCCAGUCGAGCAAAAAAAGACUCCUUUAUCAAUGGAUAAUAGGACUUUAGUUACUUUGGGAAAUAAAACGGUUUUUGCAGCCCGUAAGAACAUAAGGAGGGCCAUUCAGCAAUGAAACGUACUAAAAGUAACAACACGUAAGAAAAAUGUGGGUCACAAAAAAUUGUAA